CAGGAUGAAACCCAACAACUAAACCAGGCAAGACAAAAAAAAUAACCAACCCAACGCUAGUAGUAAAUAAGCCAAAAGGUCAUAUAACUUGAGUCAUGCAUUCAAGCAUGAAAAAGAGAGAGAGAGAGAGAGAGAGAAAAGCAAAGAGAAACAAUACCAAGCCGAAUCCAGGCUCAGAUUCCCGUCUUAUCAAGCAUUUGAGAAUCUCUCUCAUACGGGAGGGAGGUAUUGGUCCUGAGGCUUCGAUUAUAUUUAGCACAUUUUGUUAGUAGUUAUCUCAUUAGUUUGGUUACGACGCUAUCAUUGGGGAUUGGGGACUCAGCUAUCAUCAAUCAUUGGGAUGAUGCGGGCCUGAUGGGUUGUAUGUAGUAUUACUCGAGGGACUUUGGAUUCUUCGUUUUGGUUGUGGUGGUAGUAUGCUAUUCUUGGUGGAUGUUGCUGGGGCUUAGAUCAAGAGGUAGUACUUGGAG